UAAAAAUGUGUAGUAUCAGUUUGCAUGUGACAUGCAUUGAGUUAGGUACAGACUUUGUCUUAUAUAUAAGCAAACACAGAAAUGGAUUUAACUUUUAAUUCAGCAUUAAUAACAUCGUUACUUGGCUGUGUAAUAUUGUUUUGUUAUGGAGCCAUUUCGUUCUAUCUCUAUGUUCGAAGGGUAGAGAAAGCAUUUGAAGGGUUCAGAACACCCCCGUACCACUGGCUUUUCGGAUCUUUAGUGAAGUUUCCAAAGGAACCCGAAAAACGGCUUUAUCACUAUUACAAAAUAUGUAACGAGUACGAGCAGGAUGGUGUGGUGUUCCUCUGGGGCCUGUUCCGGAGACCACUCGUCGUCGUCUGCACACCUGAAUCCAUGGCAAAAAUCUGCAAGAGUAACGCUCCAAAAGCCCAGGGCUUAUUGAGCGCUCGUCACCUAUUCAAACAGUGGUUGGGAGAAGGGCUUGUGCUCGCCAACGGCGAGAGGUGGGCCCGUAACCGCCGUCUCCUCACACCUGCCUUUCACUUUGACAUCCUGAAAGGGUACACCGAUGUCUUCAACCGCGCAGCCGAUGUUCUUGUGGCGAAGCUAAGAGGAAAAGCUGCGAAAAAAGAGCGGGUCGAAAUGUAUGAAACAUUGUCACUGUGUACCCUCGAAAUUAUUCUGAAAUGCGCAUUCUCAUGCGAUAAGGACAUCCAGAAAUCAGGAGAUCCAUAUGAGGAAACAGUCAACAGAAUGACACCUUCUGUUUUCUACAGAAUCGUUCAUCCUUACUUGCUUUUCGACUUCUUGUUCCGCAUCACCAAAGUUGGCCAACAGUUUAAAAAAGACUGCGACUUUCUCCACAGCGUUGCCGAGGAAAUCAUUGACAAACGACAGAAGGCUCUGGAUGAAGGCGUUAAGGUGGGUGUUGAUGGUAAGCGGUAUGUGGAUUUCCUGGACAUUCUACUUACGGCCCGGGACGAGGAGGGCGUAGGACUUUCUCGUCUCGAGAUUAGACAAGAAGUCGACACAUUCUUGUCAGGGGGCCACGAAACGACAGCGUCGACGGCAUUGUGGGUCCUGUAUUCGUUGGCGGGGAACCCAGAUUAUCAGCUUAAAUGUCAACAGGAAGUUGAUCAAGUGCUCGAGGGGAGGGACUCUGACGUCAUAAAAUGGUCUGACCUGCCAAAGUUUGAGUUCCUGACUCAAUGUAUCAAGGAGGCCAUGCGGCUCCACGGACCGGUUCCUAUAGCAUCUCGCGAUGUUGAAGUGGGCUUUGAGCUUGGAGGUCGAAAACUUCCAGAAGGAACCAUAGUACAGCUGAACAUCGUGGCGCUCCACCACAAAGAGAGUGUUUGGGGCCUUGACCACAUGGAGUUCAAACCGGAAAGAUUCUCUCCGGAGAACAUCAGCAAGAUGUCUCCAUUUCAGUUUGUCCCUUUCUCGGCAGGCUCGAGAAACUGCAUCGGCCAGCAUUUUGCAAUGAAUGAAGAAAAGGUUCUUUUAGCAAAAAUGUUACGAAAUUUUACAUUCCGCUUGGACCCAACUCACGUUGUGAAGAAGACUUAUUCUAAUGUGAUGCGACCAGCUGAUGGGAUGUUUGUGUAUGCGGAGGAGCGGAAUGUGCGGACCGGUGAGGAGUAAAAUGGUGAACCUGGGAGGAGCAAACAGGUGAACCGGGGAGCAGCAAACUGUUAAACCGGGGAGGAGCAAACUGGUGAACCGGAGAGGAGUAAAAUGGUGAACCGGGGAGCAGCAAACUGGUGAACUGGGAAGGAGCAAACUGGUAAAUCGGGGAGGAAAAAACCUAGUGCACCUGAGAUGAGGAAACAUGUUGGACAGGAUGGACGAUGAAUACGUCUUUUACCCAAAGCUAUUCUUAAAUUGAACAAUGCAUAAUGAUUUUUUCAGAAAUUCGUGUUUAUUGGAAUUUCUUGUGAACCAUCAUGUUUGCUCAUGUUAGAUAAUAGCAGUAUCUUUUAAAACUCAUACCUUUUAUUGAAUCACUAUAUGCUUUGUCAUUAAAUUUAUUUUUCCGUGCAAAUACUAAAUAAAAAUAUGCAGUUACUUUUUAUUAUGUAAUACUACAUCAACUAUUUACGCGUUUUUGUGUAUAUUUACCUCCGUUAGUAUGUACUUAUAAAAAUACAUAAGCUGUGUAUAUACACCAUAUCUUUUCCACAGAAAUCAAUUGUGAAAAUAAAAUUAAUUUACCCACUCUAUACUUUAAACAGUAAAUAUGAAUGAAACAGAUAACUAAACACCUCGGGAUUAAAAUCCUAAAAGUCUGUAUCCCGGCUACCGGUUCCUCAGUGUUUAUUAAACAACCCAUUAUCCGCAGACAUUCACCUAUAAUAUAUAACAAUCUGACACUGUUACAAACAAGUGUCUUCUAUGUAGUAGCCCAUGUUAUAAUGUUUAUAAUGUCAUAUAUAAAAUAAAUCCUUUGGUGUUUAGAUUACGAAGUCAGUCAAAUCGACUCCGUUUAUUAGAUUAUAACGUUUAAACGACGUGAUUGGCAUGGAUGCGAAACAGUGGCUCCAGCUCUUUUAGGAGCUGUGUAUAAAAAGGAGCCAAUGAUACUUUCGAGCUAGAGCAAAAGAACGGAUAUCAUCGUAAAACGUAAGUUUGACUCGUAGUUUUAUCUAAUAUCACAACUAUGAUGGCUUAUUUGAGAAAUCGGGGAAUGCAGUGCCAUAUAAAUAUGUUUUAUCUUCACACGUAUUUGGGUUAUUUUGUAAACCGAUUGUUUAUGGAGUUAAAAAACCGAUUCUCCCAUCAAACACAUCAAUGUUUACAAACGAAAGUAGAACAUUUUCACCAAUUUUCAGCUGAAUUUCACUCAAGAAGCUUACAUUUAAGAUAAAGCCAGUAUUAUCGAGUGCUUUUAUUUUGUCGGUAAUAAAAAUGACCACCUGAUUACCGGAAUAAGCAUGUUUAUACUCCUUUUCUGGGUUGAGCUGGAGCCAAAGCCAGGGAGCUGGAGCCAAAGCGUGGAGGCUGAGCCAAUACGCUGUAUGAUAAAAAGUUUUGACUGUCAAACCAUUCGAAUAUUUAAACUGGUUUUAAUACUAUUCAAAUGUCAGUGUUUGGUAAUACCAUUUUCAAGUUUUAACCGUUAAGCUAUCAGUGGCUGUUGAUAUCCUUUAACCCUCAAGCUCACAAUGGUUUGCAAUACCAUUUAUUCUUAAACUGCCAAGAUCGGAGUGGUUCCUGUUUAGCUUAGUGUCAGUGGAACCCGUUUAACUGUCAAGCUAUAUAUCCGCCAAGCUUACACUGAUUGCCAUUAUCAUAGUUUUAGUUUAGAUAGUUUAUUUUGAAUACAUGUUCAAUAAGCCACGUGGCCCGUGAGAAAAACAAAAUACACGAUUUAACAUUUACAAAUGACAUAGCAGGUUGAGCAUAAACGUAAGGAUUGUUUAAAAUUUACGAAAGAUUUUACAGGUAACGAAGGACAUGAUUGGAGACAAUGUAAUACUUAAGGGUGAAAGUCGACAUCAUAUACGGAGACGGUGUUCAUACACCUAGAAUUACAAACAGUGCCAACAUAGUGCAACAUAGAAAUAUGAGAAAAGUGAACUUUUUACACAUGAUACAUUCACACAUUUCAAAGACAACAAUACCGAUCUUCAAUACAUACAAAUCCAAUAAUAAUUUACCAAUACAUAAAAUGAAAUUUAAGGCAACAUAUUAUAACAAAAAAAAAUGAAAAAUAAAGGUUGUUUAUCUUUGUAAACUUUUCCUAAAUUUAAAGGCCUUAUCUACGUAUGUGCAUAAUUUUUUGAGUUUAGAAAUAUUAGUACUUUCGAAGAGUUGUUUCAGUUUAUACAUACUGGGUUCAAUGAAUUGAAUUGAAUUGAAUUGGAUUGAAUUGAUCGAGUACACCGUAAACAAAAUUAUUCUGAGAACAGCGUUUUACCUGAAGAAUGUAUGAAUACGUUCGAUAGUAGUUGCCUUACGAAAACCCCACACUAGAGUAAUUCAAAAAGUCAAGGUCAAGGGAAGACCUGUAGAUCAAAGGAUUCAUCCAUUUUGCCAUUGACUUUGUGUACGCUUCAAAUCGCUUACAUCAGCACGUGAAAGUCAUGUGAUGAGUGAUGAUAAAUACAUUGACCAUAUUUUUUAAACUUACUGGGACUGACUUCCAAUUGCAAAAUUUCGCAAAACUGCGAAACUAAAUGUAGCGUAAGCGAUGGCAUACAUCAGUAAGUUAGAUUCAAUUCCUUUUAAACAUCGUUAUCAUUAUGACGUAUAUUGGCCUACACUAACACACAUCAUCAACUUUGGCUAUGACGUAUAUUGGUUACACUAACACGCAUCAUCAACUUUGGCUAUGACGUAUAUUGGCUUACACUUACACGCAUCAUCAACUUUGGCUAUGACGUAUAUUGGCUUACACUAACACGCAUCAUCAACUUUGGCUAUGACGUAUAUUGGCUUACACUAACACACAUCAUCAACUUUGGCUAUGACGUAUAUUGGCUUACACUAACACGCAUCAUCAACUUUGGCUAUGACGUAUAUUGGCGUACACUUACACGCAUCAUAAACUUUGGCUAUGACGUAUAUUGGCUUACACUAACACGCAUCAUCAACUUUGGCUAUGACGUAUAUUGGCUUACACGAGCAAGCAUCAUCCACUUUGGCUAUGCGUUAUUAUAUUGACUUACACGAGCCAACAUCAUCAGCUUUGGCUAUAACAUAUAUUGGCUUACA